AUGAAAGCUUUGCCCAAGUGGGCUUCUCGUUUCUUGGAGAAACAACCUUCUAUGUUCUUGUGGCUUGGAAAAGUUUGUUCUGUUUUUGUUCCGUUUCUUCGACAAGAAAUGGGCUCUGCAAGCUCCAAAGUCGACAAAACUGAACCUUUGGCUCUGUGCAAGGAGCGGAGGAAGUUCAUAAAGCAAGCAAUUGAUUCAAGGUACAAUCUUGCAGCAGCUCAUGUCUCUUACAUUAACUCUCUUAAAAACAUUGGUGUAGCUCUCCGCCGAUUCGCUGAAGCAGAGAUUUUGAUAGAGUCUUCUUUAUCAACAACCUCAGCCACUGAGCUUGACAAGUCUCCUUCACAUUCCUCAUACCUCUCUCCCUCUCCCUCCCACAAUGUAGAGGUCUCAGAUUCACCAUUGCACUUUGAGAGCCCAAUUUCACCACCAGUGAUGAAUUUGAGUUAUAUGAGAGCUGGUGGAGGUGGUACUGCAGUGACUGUUAAGUUUAAUUUGAAUAAUAGUAGUGAUUUUGUAGAGGAUGAGUCAUUGGGGUUCUCUAUGCCAAUGCCGCCACCUCCUCCUCCUUUUGAGUCAGGUGGUUCUUGGGAUUUUUUUGAUCCUAGUGAUAAUGGUGAGAGUUUUAGAUUUAUGGGGCAUAGUGACUUGGAUUUGGAUUUUGAUGAUUUGAGAGGGUGGAAUGAGUUUAGGGGUGAAAGGGUUGGCGUUGAACAUAGUAUGGUAGAUGCAAAAGGAAAAUGGACAAAAGUUGGUUUAGAUGGAAAGAGUCGAGCACGUGAAGAAACUGUGAAGCCUGGUGAGGAGCAAAAGGGGGUUGAAAAUUCUGGUAAUUCAUUAGCUCAAAAUGGGAGUUAUAACUUAAGGGUGGAAGGUACUGCCCCAUCAUUUAGAUUGAGAGGAGUUGAAGGUUCUAGUGGACAAGCACUUGUUGGUCAGGUGAGGCGUGUGGAAGAGGGGCAAAAUGCUAAUUUUUCCACUCUUGAACGAUCAAGUUCAAAGAGGGAGAAAGCAGUAGCAGUGAACAAUUUGUCUGCAGAAAGAGAGGAUCCAUCGGAGUUCAUUACGCAUAGGGCCAAGGAUUUUCUUUCAAGUAUAAAGGAUAUAGAGCAUCGCUUCUUUAGAGCCUCUGAAUCUGGCAAGGAGGUCUCCAGAAUGCUUGAGGCAAACAAUAUCAGGGUUGGAUAUUCUGAUGCAAAAGGGGGGUCAUCUGCCUCAGCAAUUUUGGUGGCUGUAAAAUGUGUUUGCUGUCGUGGAAAGACUGCACUUGUUUCUCAUGAACCUUUGGAACAUAUGACUAAGGUCAUUACAUGGAAACGGACAACAUCUUCAAAGUCAUCUUCAUCAAGAAAUCCUCUUGUCACAGCAACAAAAGAUGAUGCCUCAGAUAGUGGUAGUGAUUUUGUUGAAGAGUUCUGCAUGAUUGCAGGAAGUCAUUCCUCCACCCUCGACAGACUGUAUGCAUGGGAAAGAAAACUCUAUGAUGAAAUAAAGGCCAGUGAACCUAUCAGGAAAGAGUAUGAUCGGAAGUGUGACCAGCUUAGACACCAGUUUGCCAAAGAUCAAAGUGCUAAUGUGAUUGACGGAACCCGGGCAAUUGUAAAAGAUCUCCAUUCACGCAUAAGAGUGGCAAUCCAUUCUGUAGAUUCAAUAUCAAAGCGGAUUGAAAAAAUGAGAGAUGAAGAGUUGCAGCCGCAACUUCUAGAGUUAAUUCAAGGGUUGAUCAGGAUGUGGAAGACCAUGCUUGAAUGCCAUCAUGCACAGUACAUCACAAUCUCAUUAGCAUACCAUUCCAGGAGUACAACAGGAACUCCACAGGGAGAUACACGUAGGCAGAUCAUGGCUCAGCUCCAGCAGGAGAUCGAAUGCUUUGGCUUAAGCUUUGCCAACUGGGUUAACAGUCAUGCAUCCUACGUGGAAGCUCUAAACGGUUGGCUGCAAAAUUGCAUCCUGCAACCACAGGAGCGUUCCAAGAGUAGGAGGCCAUUCUCCCCUCGCCGACUCUUGGCUCCACCUUUAUUUGUUCUCUGUCGCGAUUGGUCAGCUGGGAUCAAAGGUUUGCCAUCCGAGGAACUUAAUAAUGCCAUCAAAAGCCUCUCAUCUGAUUUUCAACAUCUAAUGGAGCAACAAGAAGAGCAGUUACAAAUGGAAGAGAAAGUAGUUGAUGCAAACAAUGGAGAAUCAGGGGGCAAAGAGAAUGAUAGGAAUGAUGAUGCGUCCUCGAACUUGUACUGCAUACAUGCCAGUUUAACAAAGGUUCUUGAUAGACUGAACAAAUUUUCCGAGGCUUCAUUGAAAAUGUACGAGGACAUCAGACAGAAAACUGAAGCAGCUCGAGUAGCGUACUUGAACUGCAGGCCACUUAGGUGUUAA